AUGGUCAAGUCAUCCACCGUAGUCAUUGCCCUGCUCAUGGCCGUGGCGACGGCGGCACCUAUUCCCACCGCCCCAAAAAACACUCCCUCCCACUUGAACGAUAACAAGCCCCGGCUAGAGGCCCCCACGCUCGGCAAUCUCCUCCUGAAUCCGGAUCUUUUCAAGACUUUCAAUUUCUCUGGUCUGGCGAAGCCUGUUGGAGAAGCACUUGGUAGCCGUCGAUGA